AUCUGCAGUCAUGCUUUCCACAUGGUUUUUACCAGCCCAGAUGGUGUUUUCCACGUCCCUGCAGCCAUGGGCCACCGAAGAGUGGCCAGAGAUCUUCGCCACCUCCGCAGUGUUGCAGCCGAGGGUCUUCUUAGCCUUCCGAGGCUGCUUAGCGAUCACCUUUCUGGGGCACCAGCUUGCGCACUUGGGAUUCUAUGUGAACCUCUAUGAAUGGGCCUAUGGCAUCUACUUGACCAACUGGACCCUUCUGCUGCAGACCGUCUCCGAAUGUCUCCUCUUCGCCUUGGCAUUGCAAGGCUCGAGACGUUUGAGCUCUCAGAACUCUCCAAGCUCGAACUCGAUGCCCAAAGUGAUACCCUUCGCUGUGGUCCUGUGGUCCAUUGUGCAGCCCAUGUCGAUGGUAGUGACCUUGCUGUACUUUGCCCUCCAAAACCCCAUUUGGAAUCUGCGUCCCAUGCGGUAUUUGGCGAUUUUUCCUCACUUGGUGAAUUGGAUCCUGCUUUUGCUCAGCCUUCUUUUGAGCCGAGUGCCCUUUAACCUUAGCCACGUGGGCUGGCCAAUGCUGUUUGCAGCAACCUAUGUCGCAUGGUCGGUGGUUCAUUUCUUCUUGAAGAUUGGCAAGAACGAGCCCUGCGAGGUGUAUCCGAUCAAUGACUGCCCCAUUUACAAUACCUUCGAUUGGCACCACCCGCAGAAAAGCGUGCCCAUCCUGUUUGCCGCUCUGACCGGAACUCUACUGGUGAGUGCUUUGUAUUCGAAGCUUGUCCAUUGCCGUGAUUCCUGCGCCAAGUCCCGCGCGCAAACGCGCGCGCUCUGCGCGGCAUCACGGGAGAAUGGCGAUGUGGAGCUGUGCGGGGGGUGAAAA